UUCUUUUCUUUUCUUUUCUUUUUCUUUUUUUUCUUUUUUUUUUAAACCCAUUUCUUUUCCCUCUCCUUUAUUCACCUCCUUCCUCUUUUGCUUCCCAUUUCCGGAGCCACACCCCCUCCCCCUCUCUCCUCCGAUCGACAUCCGAGUAUCGGGGCUUGUAAACCGGUAAGAUGGGCCGUGGAGUCAGCAGCGGGGGAGGUCAGAGUUCCUUGGGCUACCUUUUUGGGAGUGGCGAGGCUCCCAAAGCAGUUGAGAAUGCUGCACCUGCACCUGCACCUGUUCAGAAGCCAGCUUCUCCUCCACCGGUUGAUGCCAGCAAGCAGAUACCGGCAGGCAUCCAAGGCUGCCAGGCAAACAACUAUUUCCGUGCAGAUGGCCAGAACAGUGGCAAUUUCAUUACGGAGCGACCUUCGACGAAGGUGCAUGCUGCUCCGGGAGGUGGCUCUUCCCUCAACUACCUUUUUGGUGGCGGCGAGGGCAAAUGAUAUGCCGCGUGCUGUUUAAAAGUUAAAACAUGAGUAAUUUGUAAGGAUAUUGUUGCACUUCUCUUCCUUUUCUGGGAAGACAUGCUUGACUAUUAGUUGACUAAAGAUUCUCUGAUUUAUGUAUCUAUUCUAUAUCUAUAGCUUAAUGUGGGAGGUGGUUUGUAUUCGGUGCAUAUCAAUUGAAUGGAUCUUCCAGAAUAGUUUCUAUAUAGAUCAUAGCUAUUUGAUUCUUCUAAUUUGCUUGUAUAUCGUAUCUCUCAGAAGGUUGAGUGUGAAAAAUUGCUCGAUUUGAUGUGU